UUCGGGGGAUUUUUAUUAUUUUUUUGAUGUCGCGCCACAAAAACACUUUUUAUUUUUUUUUCUCUUUGAUGAAUAAAUUUAUUCGAUUUUUUUUACUUUUUUAUAAACAUAGGGAAUCGAGACGGGGUUUGUGUAACACUUUCUUUUUUGUACCGCUCAUCACCUCGCACAUUGUUUUUCCAUUUUUGUCAUUUUUUGUCUUUCAAUUUGCAUAUAUUUAAUCCAAUAUUUUUCUCAGUGACCCCAAUUAUUAUUUUAUUUUUUUUAUUAAUUUAAUUAUUUAAAAACAAAAUGGUUGUUAAAAUUCAGGACGUGACACUUCAUGACGUUUGGGCUUCAAAUUUGGAAGAAGAAUUUGCAUCUCUUCGGGAAUUUAUUGACGAUUAUCCUUAUGUUGCAAUGGACACAGAAUUUCCUGGAGUUGUUAUUACACCUGUUGGACAAUUUUAUGCUAAAGAUGAAUUUAACUAUCAACAGCUUUAUUGCAACGUGAAUUUGCUCAAAUUAAUACAGGUUGGCUUUACUUUAAUGAAUGAAAAAGGUGACUUAACUCCAAAUCGGGACAUUUGGCAGUUUAAUCUUCAUUUUAGUGUUGCUGAGGAUAUGGGCAGUGCUGACUCUGUUGAACUUCUUAGAGAAGCUGGCUUUAAUUUCUCCAGGCAUCAGGAAGGCAUUUUAAUGGAAAACUUUGGUGAAUUACUGACUACCUCAGGAUUAUUGGUCAACAAACGCAUUACUUGGAUUACAUUUCACAGUUGCUUCGAUUUUGCUUAUUUAAUCAAAGCAAUUUUGUUGGAAAAGUUGCCUGAGGACGAAAAUGACUUUUUUCUUUAUCACAAAAAACUCUUCCCAACGAGUUAUGACAUUAAAAUGCUUCUUCGUCAACCUGCUCCUUCGACAGCAAAAUUGACUGGAGGUCUUCAAGAAAUUGCUAAUCAAUUGGAUGUUCAACGUAUUGGAAAACGUCAUCAAGCAGGCUCUGAUUCUUUGUUAACGGCUCAAACAUUUUUUAAACUUCGAGAAUUGUUUUUUGCUGAUAAUUGGAGCAAGGUUUUUUUUUUAUUUUUUUUUUGUUACCCCGAUAAUUAA